AAUGCAAGUUUCUCAAUCAAUCACCCCCUCUCACUCUCAGUCUUUGAUUUGAAUUUAGCAAUUCAAUUACUGAAAAGAAAGCACCUAAAUUCGACCCAUUUUCCCUGAAAGAACCUGUCUUGAGUGUUUAACAGAGUUAGAGAGAGAGAGUCAGAAGUCAAUGGCCCUUUUCAGAAUACGCGCAAUUUUGACCAUUCCUCCACACCCUUUUCUCUUUUAGACCCAAAUCGCACAACCCACAUCUCCAUUUCCGAUCAUAUUUCCAUUUCCGAACUAUGUUGAGCUCAAGUUCGACCUGGGUUUUCACCCUCCUGUUGUUCUUGAGCUGCUUUUCUGGCUAUGGAGCUAUUGUUGAAGACGACGUCAAGUGUCUUAAGGGACUCAAAGCAGCUUUCAAAGACCCUGAUGGAAAGCUCGCCUCUUGGGACUUCAACAACGCCUCUGUGGGCUUCAUCUGCCACUUUGUGGGUGUUUCUUGCUGGAACGACCGCGAGAAUCGAAUCUACAACCUUGAGCUGAGGGACAUGUCUCUGUCGGGCACGAUUCCCAAGUCGAUUGAGUACUGCAUUAGUCUGCAGAAUCUGGAUCUAGCAGGUAACCAACUCACUGGUGCGAUCCCUAAUGAUUUGUGUGCUUGGUUGCCGUACAUGGUCACUUUGGAUUUGUCCGGGAAUGGAUUCACGGGUCCAAUCCCGGCUGAUUUGCAAAAGUGUACUUUCUUGAACGGUCUGAUCCUUUCGGAUAAUAAGCUUACGGGUGGUGUUCCUUAUGAGUUUUCUAGCUUUACUAGGCUCAAGAAGUUUUCUGUGGCGAAUAAUCAGUUGAGUGGGGCUAUACCACAGUUUUUUCAGCGUUUUGAUAAGGCUGAUUUUGCCGGGAAUAGCGGGCUGUGUGGAGGGCCGCUUAACAAGUGUGGUGGAUUGAGUAAGAAGAAUCUUGCUAUUAUAAUUGCUGCUGGGGUGUUUGGCGCCGCGGCGUCUUUGUUGUUGGCUUUGGGGUUGUGGUGGUGGUACCAUUUGAGGCUGAACAAGAGGAGGAAGGGAGGGUUUGGUGUUGGGAGAGAGGAUUGGGCGGAGAGGUUGAGGGCUCAUAGGCUGGUGCAAGUUUCGCUGUUUCAGAAACCGCUUGUGAAAGUUAAGUUGGCGGAUUUGAUGGCGGCUACGAAUAAUUUCAGCCAGGAAAAUGUGAUCAUUUCGACUAGGACUGGGACUACUUACAAGGCUCUACUGCCUGAUGGGUCGGCGCUGGCAAUUAAGCGGCUUAGUACUUGUAAACUUGGGGAGAAGCAGUUUCGUUUGGAGAUGAACCGGUUAGGACAGCUGAGGCAUCCGAAUUUGGCACCCCUUUUGGGGUUCUGUGUUGUGGAGGAGGAAAAGCUUCUGGUCUAUAAGUACUUGUCGAAUGGGACUUUGUAUUCUUUGUUACAUGGAAGUGGCCCUGGAUUGGAUUGGCCAACUAGAUACAGGAUUGGUUUGGGUGCUGCAAGGGGACUUGCUUGGCUUCACCAUGGUUGCCAGCCUCCAAUCAUACACCAAAACAUCUGCUCCAAUGUGAUUCUCCUUGAUGAGGAUUUUGAUGCUAGGAUAAUGGACUUUGGGUUGGCAAAGCUUAUGACGUCUGAUUCUCAUGAGAGCAGUUUCGUUAAUGGAGACUUGGGAGAGCUUGGUUAUAUAGCUCCUGAGUAUCCAAGUACUAUGGUAGCUUCACUGAAAGGGGACGUUUAUGGAUUUGGCAUAGUACUCCUGGAGUUGGUGACUGGGCAAAAGCCUCUUGAAGUCGGCACUGCUGAAGAAGGUUUUAAGGGUAAUGUUGUGGAUUGGGUGAAUCAACUCUCUAGUUCUGGUCGAAACAAGGAUGCCAUUGAUAAGGAUAUCUCUGGAAAAGGACACGACGAUGAAAUUCUACAAUUUCUGAAAAUUGCUUGUAAUUGUGUUGUUUCCCGACCCAAGGAUAGGUGGUCUAUGUACCAGGUUUACCACUCAUUGAAGAGUAUGCGCAGAGACCAUAGUUUCUCUGAACAAGAUGAUGAGUUUCCUUUGAUUUUUCGCAAGCCAGAUAAUGAAUGACUCAGUUUAGACUUGAAUCAAUGAAGAAACAGGAUGACAAAGAUGACAAUGUGGUCACAGAAAUUCAUCUCGAGGUAAGUUCUCAAAGGUCCAUAUGUAAAUGGUGUGAUCUUCAUUUUAGCUGGUUUUCCCUAUUUUUGUAGUUUAGCUGUAUAAUACAAUAAACUGCCUGAACAGAAGGCCUCCUAUGAUUUGUUUGCCCUUUGUUAUAUUUAUAUAUAUGAAACAAAACUCAA